UGUGUGUGUGUGUGUGUGUGUGUGUGUCCUAACAUUUCUCUCGGUGUGGGUUCCCAUGGGUGGGAGCACACCCACCUAAGGAGGUCCAAAAUCCAAGUGGGGCCCAAAAUGGUGGACCCCACUCCGAUUUCAAUUAAAAUGAGCUCAGCAGCCUCCCCUGAUGCUACCAUUGCUUUUUUUUUCAUGUCAAAAAAUUGUCCCCUAAGGUAGCAAAAAGUGGGCAAGUGUGUAAAGGUGUGUAUCCUGCAGCCGACCGUAACCGGAAGUCAGGAUAUACACUUCCCGCAAAAUCUUAUACACACCGCGGGAGUCUGAAACCUUUGGCCAAUGACAUUGCUGCACUGAGGAAAACUACCGGAAGUUCACAACAAGAAGAAAACAACACGGAUUGAAGACAAAAAGAAGACGGAGUGAUUGGAUUAUUUUGAAUAUUUUUACAUUUACCGACCUCUGCAUGCAGCAGAGCCAUUAUGUCCACAAGAAAGAGGAGGAAAAAGCCUAUAGAUGAUGCAAAGACACACAUCCUGUCCUGUACUGACAAGGUUGGGUUUAUGUCGAGAUACAUUGACGGUUACAAAGGAAGAGGAGUGUUUGCCACACCCCCCAAUGAACCAGGGGACUUCGUCUUGGAGUACAGGGGUAAACUCCUCACAAAGGAAGAAUGCGAGUCAAGACGAUACUCAGAGACUGAAAGCAAAUUUCUCUUUGGCUUUAAGUGGCAGAACCAUUGCUUAUGCCUGGAUGCAUCUGAAGAAGAUGGCUCUCUCGGAAGAUUGGUCAAUGACAACCACAAAAAUCCUAAUUGCGUUAUGAAAAAAAUCAUAGUUGACAACAAACCACAUUUGUGCCUUUUUUCUCUGAAGAAAAUAGAAAUAGGAGCUGAAAUUUAUUACAACUAUGGUGAUUCAAAAUGGCCUUGGCGCAGUAAGGUGGGAAAAAACAAGGCUCCUGCAGCAGCAAAAGAGAACCUAUUGGGUGGGGAAGGCCAGAUGAAAGGCCUUCAGACUCCUGCUGCAGCAGAAGAGAAUGAGGCCAGCCCUGUUCCUCAGAUGCUUAAUGAUGGACCAAUCCCAGAUGAGACCUACACACAGAUGAAAGGCCUUCAGACUCCUGCUGCAGCAGAAGAGAAUGAGGCCAGUCCUGUUCCUCAGAUGCUUAAUGAUGGACCAAUCCCAGAUGAGACCUACACACAGAUGAAAGGCCUUCAGACUCCUGCUGCAGCAGAAGAGAAUGAGGCCAGCCCUGUUCCUCAGAUGCUUUAUGAUGGACCAAUCCCAGAUGAGACCUACACACAGAUGAAAGGCCUUCAGACUCCUGCUGCAGCAGAAGAGAAUGAGGCCAGCCCUGUUCCUCAGAUGCUUUAUGAUGGACCAAUCCCAGAUGAGACCUACACACAGACCAUUCACAUGGAGGGACCUUUAGCAGAGGACAUUGAAGAUGUCUGUGUGCUAGGUGACAAGGGGUCAGACGAUGAGGUCAGCAUGUCAUCCAGGCAAGAAUGUACCUCCAUAUCAGAAAGUCAAAACCAAAGAGUGUCUGCAACAGGUGAGCUUCAAUGCAGUUCUUAGCUUUGGUGCAUUUUCACACAGUGCAUGACAAAAAUUAGCAUCAACAACCCCAUCUCCCUCCUUUGUCCCAACCACCUCCUCCUCCUGCAACUCUGUCAGGAGACCUGUCUGAUGCAGAGGCUGCACAAUCAACACAGUCAAACACAACCCCAGUUUUAAAACUGAACAUUGGGUUAGUACUGCCUUACAUUACAAGCAGCUUUAACUUUUAGGUUAGCGUGCAUCCACCUGCUGCUUAUAGGUUGCUUCAAUCUCUCUGCGUGGACUUCACGCAGGGAUAGCAUAGCUACAAAACACCUCUCUCAUUAUAGAACAUCUGGUAGGUCCACGAUAAAGUGACGCAGGACAAUUCCCUGAGCACAUUUAUCUGCUGAAUAAUUGUGAUUGCACAAGGGGGAGAUUAAAAGAUUAGUUUUAUUUAGAACAAUUUAAAUCACGUUUACCUCAUACAUGGGUGAGAGAGACGGACAAAAAUAGAUUCAAAGAAGGAUUUUAUUACAAGAAAGGACUUGCAUAUAUUUAUAUGCACGUACAGUACAUUAAGACACACGUGACAAACAUUAAUAAUAGAAGGAAAAGAGGGUUUUACACUGUCAGAACAAGCAGCGGAGAGCCAACACGCCAGAAGCCUGUUCCAGGCCUCUCGACACCUCAGCUCUCGGUCAGUCCUCUGCACUCCAAAUGGUUUUAUUCCACCCACAGUCUUCCAAACAAAGACCCGUAAAUCUCUGUCAGGAGGUUUGGCCAACCACCGCAUGUCUAAGGCGGGGAUUUCUCAAGUAACAGAGUUUUUGUUGAAAGCCAAAACCUGCUGGCUACUUAAUUUAUGACUGACAGCCAGGAAUUCAGUUUCCAAAGCUACGAGUUACCACUCACUCUUGCAACCUCCAAUGUAACCAUCCUGUAAGACCAAGUGAAGAGGACAAAAAGGCCCUUUAACUGAAAACAACUGAGGAUAAGAAAAAACCCUUUAAUCCACAAGUUUAUUAUUUUAUUACUUAAAAAGAGGAGCAUUUUAAAAAUACCUAUCAUUAUCCAAGUCUCCUUCAUGGCAGCAAACGGACUCCACGGUUGUUGCUCCACGGCUGAGCAGUGACUGCAUUUGCACUACAAAGGGUUGCCAACCCUCUCCUCACUGUCAUCUUUGUCCGUAGCCGCUGCGCCCCUCCUCCUCAUCACUGGCUUAAACGCAUACUGUAUGCCAUCGGGUUAGAUGACAUGAACUAAACUCGCUCAGCUUCAUCUUGACAUUUUUCCUCUUCAACUAUGUACUUGUUCUCCACUCGCUGUAACUGUGUACUCGUGCAGAAUUGAGGAGAAAAAAUGUCUUAAUAGCCAUGCAAUCUCUCCAUGAAGUCUGUGCCCUGAGAUUGGAGCAACCUAUAAACAGUAGGUAAGUGCACACUAACCUUAACUAUAACGCUACUUGUAAUGUCAGUAACAACGGUCGCUGUCUGGUGAAAUCAGUUCAUAUUCCAUGCUUUCGUUCUUUUUUAAACACAGAAACAGUUUUGUUUACCUGUUUUGUAGCUACAUUUUCGCCGACGGCUGCCGUCGGUGAAACUGUAGGUAAACAAAACAGUUUCUGUGUUUAAAAAAGAACGAAAGCAUGGAAUUAGAACCACGACACAGUAAGAACACACCUAAGAAAUCAGUUCAUUUUAUGUUGUCCAACAUCCAAUCUUUGAGGCGUACAGCUACUUCAGCACUAGUGGGCUGCGUAGGACAGUCUUUCGUCUGUACACUAUAUGAGGAAAUGUAUUGCUUGAGGACCACAAUCCUGCAAGUCUUGGAUGUUUCCCUGCUGCAACACACCUGAUUCAUUGUGCAGAGC